AUGGAAUGGCUAGAGAAAUAUCUAAUCAUCCGUGGAGGUCGGUGUAAGCCAACAAACAUCGAGGCGCCGAAAUAUGAAUGGCCUGAUUCCCCCGUCGAGCCUGUCGGCCCUUGUCGGGAGGCCUUCAAUGUCCAGAGAAACCUUUUCGUCGACUUGGAAAAGCUGUGUACUUUGGCUGAGAAAUGCCGAGAUACCGCCAUAGUAAACGCGAUUGAGUCGCGCUUCUUGCGGAAACAUGCAAAGCAUUUAAAGAACUUGGGCGAUCUCCUACAACAAGUGACCCGAGUGUCAAAGCAGCCCGGACUAGGCCUAUACCACCUCGACGCAGAAUUGCGUCAUAAUAAUGGCUGCAUCCCCUGGAUGUCUAUGAAUGAUCCUGAUACCAUCGAGGAAGGAAUCAGGGCUGUUACAAAGAAGAUCGGCGGUGGACUUGCGCUUCAGACACACCAUGAGGGAACAAAACUCGCAUCGAAGGAAAGUACAUUCGCUGGUGUAGGCUUACGCCUGAAGAAGCGAGACAAGAGCGGGCCAAAGGUCGAGGUCAAUCAAACGCCUUGCAGCCCUUGCUUUGGUUGCUGGGAUUCCAUAUGCAUUACCAUGUCUCAAAAACUAGAGCAGACAGCGAAUUCAAAGGGUUUGUGUGUUGCGACCAAGGGAUUUUCUAUUAUGUAA